AGUUUCGCUUUCGGCCCCAAAGACAAACUUCGCAACGCCGGCUGACCGCCUGGACCGACGGCAGCCGCUGCUGUGUGUGCGUGUGUCGUCUGCUUCUCGCCCCUCGUGAUCUUGUCGUCUGCUACAAGCCGGUGCUGCUUCUCGCCCCUCGUGAUCUUGUCGUCUGCUACACGCCGGUGCCUACCGUUCUUCUGCCGCGGCUUUUGUUGCAGCUUUGUUUCUUCUCGUGUCGCGAAGAAUUAAGUGGUCACUCUCCGCGGCGCCGGUGUCGUAACCCCCCCGCCGACCUUUCCUGUCUCGCCAGAACGCGUUGUGUCCCCCCGUCACUUGCUGGCACUGCUACCGUUCUUUCUAACCACUGUUUUCAAAGGUCUCCUACGCGGUCAACCUGCCGUGAGUGUUUGUUUCGCUGUCGCAAUUCGAGUGGGGACUCGCUACGUGCUGUUUUGGUGCCGUCAACGGCUCGUUGGCUGGCUUGGCUAGCUAGCUAGUCUGGCUUGCGAAGCGGACUUUUGGAGUGAAGACUGUUCGUCGUUCGGUGUGAGCCGCCUGACUACCUGGUUACGGGUCUUCUAUCUUCGCUUCAGUGCAACGUUUUCAUCUCAGCAGUCUGACAGCGGGGCCCAAGUUUGGAUAUGACGCACAUCGAUUGCUGUUUCUGAUCGUUGUUGAAGAAGUCUACAUGGAGUCGUACGAGGUGGGCGGUGGUGCGGCCAACGGGCUGCCGGCGGCGGGCCUGGUGCCCGGCGUGGUGCCGUCCGGUCCUGUUCUGGACCACAGCGCCCAAAAGGACAGGCGUCUGCUGGCGCAGCAAGGGUCGCUAGGCAAGCGCCGCAAGCCGUCCAGGGGAAGUCUUCACGCGUUCCUCUCGGCCCUGCAUCGCUGGGCGCCCGGCGACAGCGACGAAGCCACGUCAGAAGCAGCGACCGCAGUUACCGCCGACGCGGGGGCGUCUGCACCACUGCCCGCUGGGCACAGCGCACCGUCCGGAAGGCCGUCGGCUCGCAGUAGCCCGCCACCCUUGACCACAGAUAUCGAUAACGUCAACGAAGCAGACACCAAACCGAAGCCUUAUCGAACGAACCAGCAACAAGCCGAGAUCAACAACAACAAAAACAUCGCCGACAAGAACACCGUCCAGAGCGAGACCAGCAAGCCCGGCGUCCGGUUCAUCGCCGACUCGGAGCGCCCGGCCUCCGCCGGUGGUCACUUGGAGGUGUCCAAGAAGUCCGAGGUGGUCCGCCCAGGCGUCGGCGGGACCAUCUUGGGACACCGGCGACAGUCGAGUCUCGACUCGGGCUGUAGUCUUGACAUGUCCUCGUCCUCUUCGUCUUCAGGCAAGGGUUCACCGGACCCCGUAGCGCCGACUCUCACGCCACCGCCGGAGUUCGCCGACACGCCCAUCAUGGAGAGAAGACGUCGCUCCAGGAGGAGGCACACCUCCGGUGCCUCGGCCACGGGCGCUACUCCCGGAACCAUAACUGGGUCGCCGGGCGUCGGAACGUACAGCGCCGCACCCAAGGUACCGGACUCCAUUCCUCGCAUACCGCGCGCCAAGGAGACCAGCGCGAGCACCGCACCGGAACCGUCGUCACCGGAAAUUCAUAUCAACUUCCGGAUCCUACCCAGGGCCAAGGCCCGCGGCGCCACCAAUGCCUCGGGCCCGUCGGUGUUCCGAUCCGAAAGCUGCCGUCCCUUUAGUAGCCAGAGUGCAGGCGGCGACGCAUCUCCGCCGGCUUUCAAGUGCAUGUCCUGGGACCGGCACCUGCUGUCCUCUCCGUCGGACCGCUACCUGGACGACUCCGAGAGGCGCUGUCGGUCGCUCUCCCGUCCCGGUCGACUGCCGCUUUCUUCUCACGAGGAGGGCAGCAAGAGGGAUCCCGAAUGGCUUGAGAUUGCGCGACGCCGCCAGGCCACGGGAGUCGACUGGGACAACCUCGAGACUCACAUGAAGCAGCCGCAGAGCAUCUCGUGCAGCAACUUGUCCGAGAGCCACAUGCGAGGCAAGGUGUCCACCCUAGCUUCUGCUGACCGGGCCGGUCUGCGCCUGGUGCGAUCGGCCAGCGCCCUCUACCCACGAAUCAAGAUGUCGCGCUUCGAGCGGCGCAUGCGCAGGGAAAAUCCGAAUCCAUCCCCCGAGCGACGUCGCUCCUCGGACGAGUUCGUGCUGGUCUCUUCGUCGUCCUCGUCGUCGGACGCCGCGUCGGCGGGCGCCAGUUCCACCGAGGACGAGAAGCCGAGCUUCCUGAACGUCCAGCUUCGUCACGUGGAGAAGGCCCCGCCGCUCAACGUGGUUUUCCAGACGCGCGGAGGCGGCGGGGUCGGCGUCGGUGCCGUGGAGCCUGCGCCCGCCCCCCGCUCCGCAUCGCCCACGCUCACGUGGAAGAGCCACCGCGAGGACAACGUGGCCGCCACCACGCCGUCGCCGACGAGGCCCGACAGACACUCCGCCGCGUCGGCCAGGUCCGAAAGAGCGGCCACCGCGGCCGCCGGCCGGACCAGAACCGUGUCGGAAUCGCUGGGUGUAGCCGAGUACUUGACGCCGAAGCGCGUCGAGCUCAUCGAAGCUCCUCAGCCUGCCGCCAAGAAGGACGCCGGGGGCCAUGCACGUGGGAGCCCGACCCGGACCGCUCUGUCCGAUCACAUUCCGCGAGGUGGCGUCAGGGGCGGUCCCCCGCUGCGACGGAGUUCGAGCGUCCAGAUGCGCAGCCGCGAGGCCAUGUCGGCGGGCCGGGCUUCACCCUGGGACACGAUGGACUCGGCCGUCACGCCGUCGUGGAUCCUCGAGGCAGAACGAAAGAAGAAGAGCGGCAUAGACUGGGCUCGCCUAGACAAGUCUCUGUCUCAGUCCGGUGGCAAGCGGGCGACAAACCUGUCCAGCGAAUGUCUUCACCAGCCGACUUCGGCCACCGAAGUAGUGCCUGACUGGCUGAAGGAGAUUCGAAGGAAGAAGCAGGAGGACGCCUCCAUCAGGCUCUCGAGGAGUUCAGAUGACCUUCCGUGUGCGGUGUUGCUGGAAAGCCUCGGCGGCGGUGGCUGCCCGCGUGCGCCGAGCAGCCGCCGGGAUGACUCGGUCGACUGGCCCGAGAACCUCAGCGCGUUGCUGGACGAAAUCUUCAGCGAGGCCGAGGAGUCGUGCACCACUCCGUUCCCGGCACUGCUGCCCUCUUGUGAGCCGGCGGUCGCAGUGGAGGCGCAGCAGCAGCAGCAGCAGCAGCAGCAGCAGGAGGACGAGCGAGGCGACGCCGAGAUCUACGUCAACGUUCCCCUCAGGGUUGCCAGACCAGUCGAAGACAAAGACGCGGAAGAAGUUGAUCGCGAGGAAGGCGCGUCGAAGUCGCCCGUCGAAGUCGCGGAGUGUUCUGAGACCACAAAUUUGCAGACAGUUGACGGCGUGAGCCAAGCCACUACCGCAACCGCUGCCACCACUACGAGUAGCUCGGUUGCCGCCGCUGUCGCGGCCGUUCACGCCGCCAACAUGCACUCGCCCAAGCAGGCGCUCAUGGAGGAGCUCAAGCAUGUACUUCAGAAGCGCUACACCAUGGAGGUCCUCAGAGAGGAUAUUCUGAACGAGGCUAACGUUAUCGACAGUGCCACACCGCGUCCUCAGUCCAGGAGCCCAACCGAAGCCUCCAGGAAAACGCCACCGACCGCUGCUCAGAGAUCGACCGAACAACAACCGUCGAGCACGGCGAUAAGCGGUGGUUCUUCCAUUCCGCCGCCGCCUCCUUUGCCUCCGAGCGACUUCUGGUCCAAGCCCAAAGAAGUGUGGUUCAAGCAGGAGCUGCAGAAGCCCGGAGACGGCCGCUUAGUCGCUCCCGUCUGCCAGCGGGACAGCGAGACGCAGACACACACAGUGGAUUACGGUGCUCAGGUGGCGUCACCCGUACAAGCGUUCAGCCCGGGUUCCAUGCUGCACGCGAUGACACCCUUCGCGACCUACACUCGACCGUUCGUCGCUCCCGGAGGCAACCAGGUUCUUCUCCUCGAUGACCGCGGGAUCCAGCUUCAGUCCGGAUCGCUGUACGCCAUGCCCAUAUACGCGGGGACGACGCCGACUUCCGAUCGCGCGAUACCACUGCCGCCAACGCCGGCAGCGGCUGCGGCGACCGGAGUAUUCCCAGCGACACCCGCCAUAUUCGUUGCUCGGGACGACGACCGCAUCACCAAGAAGGUUACCAUGGAGUCCAAGUCGACCUCCACCGACGCCUACUUCGGACCCACCCCGAGCCCAGCAUCCGCGGCUUACGGAACGAUGGCUGGUGGUGACACCAAAAGCCUCCUCGACGAGGUCGAGAAGAAGCUGGAGGAAGACAGGAAGCCUCCGGACGAAAGCCGGCCCCGAACGGCGACGCCCACCGCAGGGGGAGUGUCCAAGAUCACUACAGUUGAGACGACGACCAUCAUGGAGACGUUGCAGUCCACGACGGUGUCAAGGCGCGCCAUCGACGAGCAGUCGCUCAAGUCCGUGUGCGCUCGCUCCGAGAAAGAGGACGUCCUGUCAGGCCUUUCCGAGUCUCCGAUACCUUUCGCCGACGACGACGACGUGAUGGAGGAGCUCGGAUUCUCGUCUCGGGUCGAGUCGAGGUCCGCUUCCCGAGCCGAAGACAAGACUGAAGUGGUCAGCGACGAAAAGGUCACCAUGUACUCGUCGAGUAGGAAGCAUUCGGUGCCCCAGACCGAACCAAAGGAACCGAUCCAGCUGCGUGACGUCAAAUCACCGCCGUUUUCGAAGCAGGUUAACGGUGAACAAACAACACCAAAGGCGGCUUCUCCGCUUCGAGUCUCAUCGCCGCCGCGAGAUUACACACCACCUAGGGCUGUGACUCCUCCAGAUUCGUCGACGAAGGGUCCCAUGCUGAACGGCCAUCGCAGUCCACCUCGCAGUCCACCUCUCGAGACGUCCUUCGAUGCCGUAGACAGAGGGUUCCACACAGAGCCCCUCAAGAAGAGAGCCCCGAACGGAGUUACCGUCUUGUCCAGCUCCAAGGGGGCGUCCGUCACUUCAAAGUUCCAGAGGCCGUCCUGCAUCAGUCCUGCUAGCUCUACAGUCACGACAGGUCCAGACGGAACGCUCAGGGGAGCCCACGCCAGAGCCGCGGCUCAAACCCUCGCCGCUGCCACGAAAGAAUACUGCAACGGCGACGUCCGCAGGCCCCUGGGUCCGUUCAAGGCGACCAAGUCCAUGAGCGACUCUAACCUGGGAGCCAGGAUGCGACCCACGAAGAAGCCCACGGCGUCGCAGGCCACGCAGACUCCCAACGGUGUGAUUCCGACUUUCGAGAGGCGAGGCGAGAGCGGCUUCGGAGGCCGAGCCAUGGGCGUGCAGACGGACGAGCGGAUCGAGUCGUUCCUUCGGGACACGCUGCGCAGCUCGACCAAGGAGGUGGAGUUCGUCACCAAGGUUGACAGCAGCCAGCCGUCCAAGACGCUGAGGAAGAAGGUCACCACCAAGAUCCUUCGCGGCACGAGCGGCAAGGCCGGAGGUGUGCGGGAGAUCAUCGAGGAGAUCUACGACCAGUCAUCGGUGGUGGUUCGUCCCAGCACCGCCAUCAAGAACGUGACGCGUAGCGUGCAGCAGACCAGCGAUGGCCAGAAGUACCUGACCACGGUCAUCACCGAGGCACCGCCCACAGGACGCUCGAGGAGAAGCCGGAGGAGGGGAUUCGGCGAUCCUGACACGCAUAUCAUCAUGGUAUGACCUCUCCCGAGAGACAGCGUCUUAUGAGACUACAUGCUGUCAGUUCUCCCGCGCGUCAUGACUAAGUCAUAUAUGUAGACAUCUGAGGUGGCCAUCGGAGUGGGCUCACCGCGGCUCCACGACCACGUGACCUCCCAGCGGACUCUUGUUUUCGUUCCCUCUGCUUUUCGAAAAACUUUAUGCAGUGCGUUGCGUUGUUCUUUCCGUCGUGUUUUCAACGUAUGCGCCUUGGCCUCUUUUCAAAGGUACGUCCCAAGACCGAGUGCUGACCGGACAACACACAACGUCGAGUGAGUUGCGCGUUGCUUAGCACUGGAGCGAAAUAGUGAAUUUCUAGUUAGCGGCGUGGUCUAUGUAAAACAACAGCCACUGCCAUGGGUGUAAUGGCCCCGACCAAGGCUUUGAUCUUAAUUUAGUUGUCUCUCUCAUUCUAGCGAUUGUGACAAAUGGCUGACUGACGGUAUACUGUGAAAUGGGCGAUCUACGACGUCCCCAGAUCGUGAGCACUGUUCUCAAGGCAGCCGUCUCAAGGCACUCGUUAGUGAGUCUGCGUGAGACGCCCAUGUUCUUUUAUACACGUCUCCCGGCCAGUCCUACAAAUCAGUGAGGAAGGAUCCUGUCGCGUGCGCGCAUGCUGUAGCCACGGGAAUCCGUUUGAACUGGGCGCCAUAUUUGAAUCUGUGCAGCUUCCAUCGGCGUUCGGCAGGUAGCGCUGCCAGUCAAAGAAGAGAACGGGGUCUGAAGCGCCCGCCUCUUUUGGGCACCGAGAGAGGCAUGGUUGAAAGGCUAGUUUGGGUUUUGGGGGGUUCCCUUACCCCACAUCCCUCAUAAACAAACAUGUAAGUUCAACUGGUCCAACCAGAAAGUCUAGUGCCCCAUUCCCAUUGGUAAAUAAUAGAAACUUACUUGUCAGAAGCAGAAAAGAGGCGGUUAGUGAACUGUCCAGUUCAACUGGCCAUUUAUUUUUACCAGAGCCUCUUAUUGCCUUUCGAAAACCGUCGAUCCAGGGGGCCUACUAUUGGAUGCGAUGAGCCUGAUUAAGCUAUUUUUUUUCUGUCGUAGAACAAACUGUUUGUUUCUGUAGUUUUGAUUUGUGUUCUUUGUCCGUCGUGUGGGUAUAGCGUAUCACUGCCGACGUCACGUCUAGAACAUUUUUCUCGAGAGCUGCACUGUUAAGAUGCUAUUUCUUUUUCUUAUGCUUCCCAGACCAAGCUAUAAAAUUAACUGGUUGUGGUUCGAUGUCAGGUGCACUCGUGCAUAUUAGAUGUGGACCCGGUGUUAAUACUUCUAUUCCUCUAGCGCUGUAGUGAUUUCGUAUAUGUCGCGUGUGAAUUACGUUCUCUGUGUACAUAGGUGUAAAUUAUGAUUAUAGGAAAUAAUAUAUGCCUGUUUUUUAUCCUUUUCUUGCUUUUUAGAUUUGAAUUACGCUCACUACCUUUUCUUCCUUUUAUUUCUACCUGUGUUUAGUGCAUUCGUUCUCGCCAUUAUUCUCCGGAAAGCUGUUUAACCAGAGCCCUUUGUCUGCAAUACAUCUUUAUAGCGCUGUUUGAUAAUUACCCAUUUUUGGAGGCCCCUUCUUCCUUCAGCUGAGAUCAGAGGGGCGAAUUGAAUGUUGGGUCGUCGGCGCCUUUCAUUACCGACUUGUUGAGGCGUACAGUGGAGUUCAUUCUGCGCAGUGCUUGUUGCUCAGACGAAAGUACGAAGAAUAAAUGCUUUGUUCUAUGUGAGCGACA